CGAAACGGGUUCUGCUUUGUUUUUUUACGAUUUCUCUCCCCCAACGAAUCACUUGUCAGAUCAAUUUUAUCUUCUCCCUCCUCCCUUCUUCCCACUCCCCCCCUCCUCCCCGUCGGAAACCCCGUUCUCUGAGGUUAGACAUUUUACAAACCAUCUAUGUUGCUUUUCGAUUUGUGAUUUUUUUUUUUAAUAUAACCCCCCCCCCCCUUCCCAUGGCUACUCUUCCAGACAUUUAUUUCUGCCCUUCCCCCGCUUAGGGGGGGCGGGGGUAAGGGAAGGGAGAAAAUAAUACAAUUUCAGGGGAAGUCGCCUUCAGGUCUGCUGCUGGGUUUUUUUUUUGUUUUGUUUUGUUUUGUUUUUUUAAAUUAAAAGAAAAAAAAAAGGACAUAGAACACAUCAGUCUUGAACUUCACUUCAAGAACCCGGGCUGCAAAGGAAAUCUCCUUUGUGUUUGUUAUUUAUAUGCUGUCAAGUUUUGAAGUGGUGAUCUGUAGACAGUGACUGAGUAUGGAUCAUUUGAAUGAGGCAACUCAGGGGAAAGAGCAUUCAGAAAUGUCUAACAAUGUAAGUGAUCCGAAGGGCCCACCAGCCAAGAUUGCCCGCCUGGAGCAGAAUGGGAGCCCUCUAGGAAGAGGAAGGCUUGGGAGUACAGGUGCAAAAAUGCAGGGAGUGCCUUUAAAACACUCAAGCCAUCUGAUGAAGACCAACCUUAGGAAAGGAACCAUGCUUCCAGUUUUCUGCGUGGUAGAACAUUAUGAAAACGCCAUCGAAUAUGAUUGCAAGGAGGAGCAUGCGGAAUUUGUGUUGGUGAGAAAGGACAUGCUUUUCAACCAGCUGAUAGAGAUGGCACUGCUGUCUCUAGGUUACUCGCAUAGCUCUGCUGCCCAGGCCAAAGGGCUAAUCCAGGUUGGAAAGUGGAACCCGGUUCCACUGUCUUAUGUGACAGAUGCCCCUGAUGCUACGGUAGCAGAUAUGCUUCAAGAUGUGUAUCAUGUGGUCACAUUGAAAAUUCAGUUACACAGUUGCCCCAAACUAGAAGACCUGCCUCCUGAACAAUGGUCACACACCACAGUAAGGAAUGCUCUGAAGGAUUUACUGAAAGAUAUGAAUCAGAGUUCAUUGGCCAAGGAGUGCCCCCUUUCACAGAGUAUGAUUUCUUCCAUUGUGAACAGCACUUACUAUGCAAAUGUCUCAGCAGCAAAAUGUCAAGAAUUUGGAAGGUGGUACAAACAUUUCAAGAAGACAAAAGAUAUGAUGGUCGAGAUGGAUAGUCUUUCCGAACUAUCCCAGCAAGGUGCCAACCAUGUCAAUUUUGGCCAGCAGCCAGUCCCAGGGAACACAGCCGAGCAGCCUCCAUCCCCUGCGCAGCUCUCUCAUGGUAGCCAGCCCUCUGUCCGGACCCCUCUUCCGAACCUGCAUCCUGGGCUUGUGUCAACACCUAUCAGUCCUCAACUGGUCAACCAGCAGCUCGUGAUGGCCCAACUGCUAAACCAGCAGUAUGCAGUGAACAGACUUUUAGCCCAGCAGUCCUUAAACCAACAAUACUUGAACCACCCUCCCCCUGUCAGUAGGUCUAUGAAUAAGCCUUUGGAGCAACAGGUUUCAACAAACACAGAGGUGUCUUCGGAAAUCUACCAGUGGGUACGUGAUGAACUGAAACGAGCAGGAAUCUCCCAGGCAGUAUUUGCACGUGUGGCUUUUAACAGAACUCAGGGCUUGCUUUCAGAAAUCCUCCGGAAGGAAGAGGACCCCAAGACUGCAUCCCAGUCUUUGCUGGUAAACCUUCGGGCUAUGCAGAAUUUCUUGCAGUUACCUGAAGCAGAAAGAGACCGAAUAUACCAGGAUGAAAGGGAGAGGAGCUUGAAUGCUGCUUCGGCCAUGGGUCCAGCCCCUCUGAUAAGCACACCACCCAGCCGCCCUCCCCAGGUGAAAACAGCUACUAUUGCCACUGAGAGGAAUGGGAAGCCGGAGAACAAUACCAUGAACAUUAAUGCCUCCAUUUAUGAUGAGAUUCAGCAGGAAAUGAAGCGCGCUAAAGUGUCCCAGGCACUAUUUGCAAAGGUUGCAGCAACCAAAAGCCAGGGCUGGCUGUGUGAGCUACUGCGCUGGAAGGAAGAUCCGUCUCCAGAAAACAGAACCCUAUGGGAGAACCUAUCCAUGAUCCGAAGAUUCCUCAGUCUUCCCCAGCCUGAGCGCGAUGCCAUUUAUGAACAGGAGAGCAAUGCGGUGCAUCACCAUGGCGACAGGCCCCCCCACAUCAUCCAUGUUCCGGCGGAACAGAUUCAGAGCCCCUCUCCCAGCACCCUUGGGAAAGGAGAGUCUAGAGGCGUUUUCUUACCAGGCCUGCUGACCCCUGCACCAUGGCUCGGUGCUGCUCCUCAGCAGCAGCAGCAGCAACAGCAGCAGCAGCAGCAGCAACAACAAGCACCACCACCUCCACAGCCACAACCACAGCCACAGGCUGGCCCCCGGCUCCCUCCACGGCAGCCCACCGUGGCCUCACCUGCUGAGUCAGAUGAGGAGAACCGGCAGAAGACCCGGCCACGAACCAAAAUUUCAGUGGAGGCCCUGGGAAUCCUCCAGAGUUUCAUACAAGACGUGGGUCUGUACCCGGAUGAAGAGGCCAUCCAGACUCUAUCAGCCCAACUUGACCUCCCCAAGUACACCAUCAUCAAGUUCUUUCAGAACCAGCGCUAUUAUCUCAAGCACCACGGCAAACUGAAGGACAAUUCUGGCUUAGAGGUAGACGUGGCCGAAUAUAAAGAGGAGGAGUUGCUCAAGGAUUUGGAAGAGAGUGUCCAAGAUAAAAAUGCCAACACCCUGUUUUCCGUGAAACUAGAAGAGGAGCUAUCAGUGGAAGGGAACACAGACAUCAAUGCCGAUCUGAAAGACUGAGAGCAAAGUAUUAUUUUCAUUCAACAGUGCCACCGGUGUUUACUAACAACGUGAAAAGUCCAUCUUGUGUUCGCUCAGAAAACCUUUGUUGUUCAUUGUUUGGCCAACCUUCAAUCUUCAGAAACUUGCACAAACAGGAAAGUUGGGAAGGAAAGUAAGGACUGCACUAUGUUUAAACGCCUUUGUUGUAACACUGCUGGGCAGCCCGGGUGAAGCAUUUGCGGACUGUUUGAUAUUAAAAAUUUUUGUUCAAGGGAUGCACCCAGAUGUGUUCCCAGUAAGCAUGAUACCAGAGAGGGUUUUUUUUUUAAGUUAUUAUUAUUCUGGAGCCUCAAACAAGCAUUAUAAUUUCUGUGAUUAUGAUUUCCUUUUCUUUAACUAUUUCUGUAACACUCCACACUGAUCUUUGGAAAAUCGCCCCUUAUUUUAAAAAAUAAAGAAAAAAAAGAGUUUGUUACUCUAUUGUAUGUUACAAAAGAACUAUAGACUGUGAAUGCAGUUUAAAGAUGACAUAUGCCAACAAAUGCCUUGUACUAUAAUGGCACUGCCGUAAUUCAAAUUUGUUUUUAUUUUGGAAAUAAAAGUUCACUGUAAUUUUUUUUCAUUCUCAUUGUUACAUGAUUUUUUUUUAAAGAAAACAACAAAAAAAGGAAAAGAAAAUGUGAAACACAAUUUAGUCCUCAUUAUUUAUUUGUAGACCCUGCCGCAUCUUGUUGUAAUUAAUUUUUUGGAAGUUUCCGUUAAAUGUAAUAUUGCUUCUCUUGUUACCAUUACUGAUUCUUUUCUAUUUAUAAAUGUAUUUUGAUGGGCAGUAAAACAAAGUGUCUUAAAAGUUUUAAAUAGAGAAAAUGUGCUUUACACAGUUGCCUAUAAGAAGUGCUCUAUGUUAUCCAAGCAAUUCAUACUAUAAGCUUCACUCUUACUGUUGUAUGCAAUUUUUACUAUCAUGCAAAUAAGCUUAGGUAAAUAAAACUAAUAGAUCACCUUAGAAAAUUAUGCAAUUAAUGUGAAAAUAAUUGAUGUUUGCAAUGUGUCUUCCUUUGGUUUACAAUCAAUUUUAAACCUACAUCUGUAUAAAAUUUCUGUAUAAAGGUGUAUUUCUUUUUUUUUUUUUAAUGAGUUUCAUGGCUAUGAAAACACCAGCUAUUUUGUUACAGCUGGCUGUUUUUAUAAGUGUAUCACAAUUUUCUUUAUGCAGAAAUGUUCUGAUUAGGAGUGGUUAUUGACUGUAACUACACAAUUAAAACUGUUUGUAUGGUAUGA